AGAGCGCGCGGGCGGAGGAGCGGGACGGGCGGGUGCGCGCCCGGCGGAGGCGGCUGCUGGGCAGGAGGGGGCGGCGGCGGCUGCCGGGCUCCGGCCGGUCUGCGGCGUGGGGCCUGGGCGGCGGCGGCAGCGGCGGCGGGAGAAGAUGCUGCAGUCCCUGGCCGGCAGCUCGUGCGUGCGCCUGGUGGAGCGGCACCGCUCGGCCUGGUGCUUCGGCUUCCUGGUGCUCGGCUACCUGCUCUAUCUGGUCUUCGGCGCCGUGGUCUUCUCGUCAGUGGAGCUGCCCUACGAGGACCUGCUGCGCCAGGAGCUGCGCAAGCUGAAGCGUCGCUUCCUGGAGGAGCACGAGUGUCUGUCCGAGCAGCAGCUCGAGCAGUUCCUGGGCCGGGUGCUGGAGGCCAGCAACUACGGCGUGUCUGUGCUCAGCAACGCGUCGGGCAACUGGAAUUGGGACUUCACCUCGGCGCUCUUCUUCGCCAGCACCGUGCUCUCUACCACAGGAUAUGGCCAUACAGUGCCCUUGUCAGAUGGGGGUAAGGCUUUCUGCAUCAUCUACUCGGUCAUCGGCAUUCCCUUCACCCUCCUGUUCCUGACGGCAGUGGUCCAACGUGUCACCAUCCACAUCACCCGCAGGCCUGUCCUCUACUUCCACCUCCGCUGGGGCUUCUCCAAGCAGGUGGUGGCCAUCGUCCAUGCUGUUCUCCUUGGGUUUGUCACCGUGUCCUGCUUCUUUUUCAUCCCAGCGGCUGUCUUCUCUGUCCUAGAAGAUGACUGGAACUUCCUAGAAUCCUUUUAUUUUUGUUUUAUUUCCCUAAGCACAAUUGGCCUAGGGGAUUACGUUCCUGGAGAAGGCUAUAAUCAGAAAUUCAGAGAGCUCUAUAAGAUUGGGAUCACAUGUUACCUGCUGCUUGGCCUUAUUGCCAUGUUGGUAGUUCUGGAAACAUUCUGUGAACUCCAUGAGCUAAAAAAAUUCAGAAAAAUGUUCUAUGUGAAGAAAGACAAGGAUGUUGAUCAAGUGCAUAUCAUAGAGCACGACCAGCUGUCCUUCUCUUCCAUCACAGACCAAGCCACAGGCACUAAGGAGGAUCAGAAGCAGAAUGAGCCGUUCGUUGCCGCUCCAUCGUCUGACUACUCCGAUGGCUCUGUGAACCAUUAAGCUUUGCUAUAUUGUUCUUGACCACCAAGGUCAGGGCCAUGAGAAGGAGGCUUUCAUUUUGUCCAUUUUUAGGAGAAUGUAAAAGCAAAUAUAAUAUUUUAACAAGUAUGUAUUGUUUGCAAUGUUUGAAAAACAAAGGAAAUGUUUAGUUUGGAGGACUGUCUACUAUCUGAGGAAAUGGGAUUUGUACCUGUAAUUCAUAUGCAAAAAAAUGAUCUAGAUUUUACUAUUAGAUGAAGCAGUUUGGUGCAGUGGGUAAAAGCAAAUUUUAUACUUUUGAUUGGGGACUUGGGGAUUUGCAUUUAAAUCAUUUAGCUAAUGGCUAAAUAACAACAUUUAUAUUUUAAAAAAAGGAUAGAGAUGGUUUUAUAAAUAAGUUUAUGUGUACUGGUUUGCAUGUGUCCAUUCAAAAUUAUUAUUUUUGUAGAAUCUAAGUUAAGCCUACUAUUUAUAACAAAGAGGAAAAUAUUAACUGUGUAUAUACAUAGAAUGCAUAAGUUUAUACCCUGUAUAUACAGUGUAGGUCACCAAGUGCAGCAUAUCCUCAACCUAAGAUUGUAGAUAUUUUUAUUUCAUUUCUCUUUAUACUAAUUAAUCAAGACUUGCUGCAGUAAAAUAUGGUGAAUAAUACAUUUAAGAAUGUAUUAUAGCAUUAUCCUAGAAUAAAUAUUUCUAACGAUUUAUAAUUAUAUGAUAUCAGACCUCUAGUGCUUGUAAGCAUUUCUCUGGUGAUAAAAAAAAAAGAUAGUGAAGAUUAUGAUUUGUGAAAAUGGUUGAGGGAUUUUGUUUUAAAAACUGCAGCCACCUAGUACUAAAGCACAGAAUGUUAACAUAGAUGCCCCCAAAGGAACAUAUUGUCAAAUUAAUCUGAGAAUUUUAAAAUUUGUAAGUUAAAUAAAAAUUAUAGCUGGUUGCAAUCUUGUGCAUUAUCAAGAAAGUUUUUCCUCUGUGUAGUUAAUAUGUAUGAAUCCCUUGAUACAAUGUAAAGACAGUGAUGUGUACAUCACUGUACUAUAGGACAUUACUUAAGAAGGUUAAAUAGGGGGUCGGGUGGUAGCAUAGCAGGUUAAGCGCAUGUGGCGUAAGGUGCAAGGACCAAGGACCGGUGUAAAGAUCCUGGUUCAAACCCCUGGCUCCCCACCGGUAUGGGGGGGGUCGCUUCACAAGUAGUGAAGCAGGUCUGCAAGUGUCUUUCUGUUCCCUUCUCUGUCUCCCCUCCUCUCUUGAUUUCUCUGUGUCCUAUCUAACAACAAUAUCAAUGGCAACAAUAGCAACAAGGGCAGCAAAAUGAAAAAUAAUGGCCUCCAGUAGCAGUGGAUUUAUAGUGCAUGCCCAGAGCCCCAACAGUAACCAUGGAGGCAAAAAAAAAAAAAGGUUAAAUAGUUGGCAAAAUAACUCACCGGAUAGUGUACUUGCUUUGCCAUGAACAAGACCUAGACUCAGCACAGUAGGGAUGGGAGUAAGGGAGGAGAAGAGUUCCAGUGUUGUGAUAUCUUUCCCUUUCUCUAUCUCUCUUUUGAAAAAAGUUGUCUAGAGAGUUGAAGUUUGCCACAAUAAUAGUAUUUUUAUUUUAGAAAGACCCUGUGUGAUCACAGAUGCUCAGGAACUGCUGAGUCUCAUCUCCAGGAAAUGAUUCUCCAGAUGUUAAAAGUCAGUGCCUUGAGGGCCAGUGAAAUAGCUCACUUGUUUAGUGUGCUGCUUUACCAUGGAUGGGACCCAGGGUCAAGCCCAGCCCCACCACUACGUUGAAGGAAUGUUCAUUGAAGGAAUCUUCAGUUCUCGAAUAUCUUUUACUCUCUCUCCCUCUCCACCUCUAUCAAAUAAAGGGGGGGGGGGCUUGCAGUAGGAAACCUAUCAGAACCCCCUACUUUUGGGAGUUUACUAAAUGACCUCUUUACUGUCUGCUACAUGUAAUCCUAAGCACACCAUUGCCAGCUGUAUACUCACGCAUUAGCCUUCAAACCCUUUACCCCUGACUUAUAUCAGGACCUUUCUUUACUAUAUAAAAUAUCAUCUAGUCUCAUGACAACAAAACCAUAAGGAGUGAUCUCAAUUCUCUCGGCACUGAUGCCAUUUUCUGUGGUUAACCAUCAGCAGAAUUUGGUUUGAUUUUUUCACAUGCUGUUCUAUCUUCUGAACUCGGGUUAUGCUACUGCAUAAGUAUAUUUCUCUCAGUAUUCCAUGUUGAGCAGGUCUCCACAGUGGAGAACUAUUCUUAGCUAGAGUACGUAGAUGGUUAAGCAGUGAAAUACUGAAGAGACUAGAAACAUACAUUAUGGACAUGAUCAGGUCUAGAAAAUUAAGAGUGAACACAAAAACUUGGUAGAAUACAAAGGUGCUGAAGAAUAAAAACUGAAGGAAUACUGAAGUAUCUAGGAGAAUGUCAAUAUAUUUUAUAAAAUG